GAAGAAGCCAGGUGGUCCGGGAUGAGCAGGUGGCCUCUCAAGGCGGCCAGUUGACCUGGUAUCUGGAUGGGGCUCACACGCCGGAGAGCCUGGCAGCGUGCGCCGCCUGGCUACGCGGCGAACUGGCGACAGCAGCAGCAGCAACAACAACAACAGCAGCUACCACAGCCUCCACUGAUGCUCCUGCGACUCGGCACGCCCUCGUCCUGCUCUUCAAUUGCAUGCGGGACCGUGACCCUGCCGUACUCCUACCGCCGCUGGCGUCAGCGCUGUUAGCGCCACCAUCGUCACCUGAGCUGAAGGCAGCGGCAGUCACCGCCGCAGUCACGCCAACAAAGCAACCGGCAGCAUCGUCUGGAGCCCAGGCGCGUCCCUCCGUACAGGCCUCCAUUGCGAUAGGCGUGAAGAGCGGAAUGGGAGAUGCAGGGCCUGCUGUAGGGGGUGUUGUGCAGCUUCAGGCUGCCAUCUUUACUCCCAUGCUAUCUGGCGGAGGAGUGCUGCUUCCUCCAGGACAAGGUUCUCAGCAGCAGCAACAGCAGCAGCAACAAGAACAACAACCGGCAGUAGAUCUGAGCUGGCAGGUGCGCAUGCGGGAUGUGUGGUACGCUGUUUCUCCGCAUGCCGGGGCGACAAGCCAAGGGUCCGUCCCUGAGAUGGAUGGUAUGGCAGUUUACACACCGGUAGGCUUGGCGAAGGACGGGGGCGGCGCAUGUACGAUUCCGGAUUUGCCGUACGUGUCGGUGGCAUCAUCGCUUCCUGAUGCCCUCGCGGCUGUGCGAACAGCCGCAGUAAACGACCCACGGGUCCAUUUGCAUGUGUUGGUGACGGGAUCCCUGUACCUGGUAGGGGACGUGCUGAGGCUGCUGGAUAAGCGACCGGCUUGAGAGCGACAGAUGGCGAUGCUGUGUACGACACAAAGCAAAGUUGAAGGACGCUUCGAGUGUUAUUGAAUGGCGAAUUUGGAGAAUGUGUACAGCAUGCACGAAGCAGGAUGAGCAGUCGACUAGUGCGUACGGUAAACGUUUGCUAUCGUGGCAGGGGGAGUGUUGAAGUAUUGCGGGGUUUGUGAUAGCUUGUUGGCAGGUUGGUACCGCUCAGUUAUAUGUGGGUCACAGUCGUGCGUGUCAAGUGGCUGGGUGCAACGAUGUUGCGUGUCAUGUUGCUUGGAAAAAGUACGGCAGCUGAGCUACGUGCGGCUUCGUAGGAGGUAGUUGUUUGGCCAGUGACUAUUGGUAAUUGUCCCCAAGCAAAAAACAGGUAUUUCAUUUAUUUCCCUGAUAGGGCCGUAGAUACAACUCGGUCUGGUCUGGCAGCCAUUGUUUGAGACGUACGGUGCAAUCGACACAGAGUGCUGUACAUGUAUGAAAGGCAGCAGCAGGGCGCGUAGCGCUGCUACAGACGGUAACAAGAUGGCAAAAACGAAUGCAGCGCGGUUCACGUAACUUGCCGUGUAGGCGUGAAGCGGAUGUACGCUGUGUAUUUUGCAAUUGGGGCUGUCACGGAUGACACUGUAUGGUGAGGGUGGCCUGGUUAUAAUGCCGCAGAAGACAUUUGCUGCCCUGGCGCAUUGGUCCGGAAGUGUACUUUGCAAGUACCGGUACUCCUGCGUGUAUGGACUUCACACUUCACUGGACUUCACACGUUGUGUGUCGGCUUAAUAGGAAC